AUGCCGACGACACCAAAGCACCAAAUCCUGCCCACCUCAAGUGAUAUUUUCCGGGAUCCAACCCACGGGAAUCCCACAUCUAGGAAAUUAUCUCGGGGCGCUGCAAAAUUGGGUACGGUUACAGGAGAAAGCGGAGAAGAGUACCAAAUUAUUUUACUCGGUUGUGGAUUUACAUGCGAUUACUGUGGCGCAGAAAAAAGAGGAGUUGAGGAGGUGGAAGAGGGAGAGUUUGGCGACGCUGUUGGCGAUAGGUUUGGAUCCGGAGAGGAGUACGGUGUUUUUUCAGAGUUCGGUAGGUGCUGUGUGGGUUUUUGUUUUUGGUGUUGUGUUGUGGGAGGGAGGGAGAAAGUGGUGGGAGGCGAGGAUAGUAAAUUAUCUCUCCAAGAUGAUGCUUCACCACUAGAUGGUGGCAAUAAAUCUAAGCUCAAAUUGGGAUUGUUCUCGUACCCUGUCCUGCAAGCUGCGGAUAUCUUGGUUCAUAGAGCCACUCAUGUUCCAGUCGGCGAAGAUCAAACCCAACAUCUUGAAUUCGCUCGUGAAUGCGUCACGAAUUUCAAUCAUGCAUAUGGAACCCAUCUAAUUGAACCUCGAACCAUUCUUUCCCCAACAAAACGCAUAAUGUCCCUCCAAUCCCCCACCCAAAAAAUGUCUAAAUCACACCUAUCCCCCCUCUCCCGCAUCCUUCUAACCGAUUCCCCGGACACCGUCACCAAAAAAAUCUCAUCCGCCCUUACGGAUUCCCAAAACAGUGUUUCCUACUCUCCUUCUGAAAGACCCGGUGUUGCAAAUCUCCUUACACUAUGGUCAUCGUUCGACACCCAAACGCCGAAAAGAACAGUGGCGCAGAUAGCCGAAGAGUGUGUGGUUAAGAGCUUAAGUUUGAAAGAUUUGAAGAGAGAGACGGCUGAUGCGGUGAAUGCGGGACUGGAGCCUAUUAGAAGGGGAUAUGAGAGGGUGUUGGGGGAUGAGGGGUAUGUUGAGGAGGUAGCGAGGAGGGGUGGUCUUAAGGCAAGAGAGAAUGCGGAGGAGACUAUGGUUAAGGUUAGAGAAGCGGUGGGGUUUUUAGAUGGGGGUGUAUUUUAA